GAAUGAAAGAUAGAGAGCCUUAACAGUAUCUCUGUUUGUGUCUCUGAACGGGUCCAACACUACCAACACAACACUUCUCUCAUUUGAAUAUCAAAUCUCAUAUAACUAACCAAAAAAAUCAUUCAUUCAUUUAUUUAUUUAGUCAUCAAAACAAUUAUGUGACAAAUGUUUUUAAAUUAUGACUUUUAAAACUUUUUCCCAAUUAGUUUUCAUUUUAUUAAUAAUCAACAUAUUUGUGAUUAAACCAAAAUUUGCACAAAAUUCAGAAUCAGUGCGCUGUAAGGGAUGCACAGUUAAGCCUUGUUUAUGUGUGGGUGAACCAGGAUCUCCUGGAUAUCCAGGAAUAUCGGGAUUACAGGGUCCACAAGGAAUACCCGGUCCAAUUGGUCCGGAAGGUCCAAUCGGACUAAAAGGAAUUAAUGGAGAUAUCGGAGAUUUGGGAAUAAUUGGACCAAAAGGGAUCAGAGGAGAUAUCGGUGCCCCCGGAUUCACUGGAUUACCCGGAAUACCUGGUCUACCCGGUUUAGAGGGAGAAUUGGGAGAACCUGGAUUAGAUGGUUGCAAUGGUACUGAUGGAAGACCUGGAUAUCCUGGACCACCUGGUUAUCAGGGAAAAGCAGGUCGACCCGGAGAAACGGGAGAUAAUGGACCAAAAGGAGAUCCAGGUUUACCAAUUUUAUUAGAAUUAAUAGUCAAAAUCAACAUUUUCUGUAUUAUAAAGGAGAGAGGAAUAAAUUCAGUCGGUAUUAAAGGAGAACCGGGUUUAGAUGGAAAACCUGGAUUUACUGGUAUUCCAGGAAAUUUUGGUUCUCCCGGAGAUGCGGGAGAUUUAGGCACUAUUGGGCUUCUGGGUAUAAAAGGAGAUGUUGGUGAUCCCGGUUCACAGGGUCCUCGAGGUGAAAGUAUAAUUGGUCCAAAAGGAUUAAAAGGAGAAAGAGGAAUGCCUGGUGAACCCGGCGUCUCUGAUAGUAUGGAAAUCGUAAAACCGGAUGAUAUUGAAAUACAGCCGGGUAGAAAAGGGUAUUCAGGCGAAAAAGGAGAGAAAGGAGCCAAAGGAAUGCAAGGGUUGGAAGGCAUCGAAGGGUUUCCGGGUGCUAAAGGAGUUCUCGGACCCAGAGGUCUAAAAGGAGAUAUUGGAGAAGAAGGUCUUCGGGGAAAACGUGGAAAACCUGGAGUUGCAGGAGCACCGGGAGAUAAGGGAUUCAAAGGAGAGCAUGGCUACGAUGGAGACUUUGGACGACCCGGUCUUAAAGGUAUACGAGGCGAUGAAGGUCUUUCCGGUAGACCUGGACCUCAGGGACCACAAGGUGUUAAGGGAGAACUUAUUGAAGUGGGAGAACCAAUAGAAGGAUCACCAGGAUUGCAAGGUGAUCCUGGAGAUCCUGGACCACCUGGUAGCUUUGGAAAACCUGGUUCACCAGGACCAGUUGGAUACCAAGGCUUAACAGGAAUACCUGGAUUACCUGGUCUUGAAGGACAAAUUGGACCGCCGGGACUGUCUUAUAGAGGCGAUACGGGUGAUGAUGGCUUUCCUGGUAUUCCUGGAUCAAGAGGUCGACCCGGAAUACCUGGACAACAGGGUCCGUAUGGAGAUAAAGGAGAAUCUGGAAUCGAUGUUGUUGGUCCACCGGGUGAACCAGGUCGUCCUGGAUUUGAUGGUAUUCCCGGUUUACCCGGAUUUCGCGGUGAACCUGGACAACAAGGUGAAAAAGGUUAUGCAGGACAGGGAGUGCCAAAACAAGGCAAACCAGGAGAACCCGGUUUACAAGGAUAUCCAGGAGAGCCAGGUUUCCUUGGAAUAGAUGGUAUAGAUGGCGCUCAUGGGUUACCCGGUCCUAAAGGUGAUGACUGUCCCAUAUGUACCCCGGGUUUACCCGGAAAUAAGGGUGAUCGUGGAAAUGAUGGAAGACCCGGUUUGAUUGGUAAACAAGGUUUCAUUGGAGAUGUGGGCCAUUUCGGUCCGAAAGGUGAACGAGGAUUACCAGGAAUUAGCGGAAUUAAAGGCUUUAUUGGACUCUCAGGUGUUGAUGGAGAACAGGGAAGAUUUGGUAAAAAGGGUGAACCGGGAGAACUCAUAUAUCCUGAUAUAUCUCCAGAAUCUCUUACAAAAGGAGAACCGGGAGAUAUUGGAUUUCAAGGACAACCAGGAAAUCCAGGACUGCCAGGUUUGUCCGGCAUUCCCGGUAUUAGUGGAAUUGAUGGUCCAAAAGGCGAACAGGGAGAUUAUGGUGAUAUUGGCCAACCUGGACAAUCAGGACUACAAGGUCUGCCUGGAAUUCCCGGUUUAAAAGGAGAAUUAGGAGAAGCCCUCAAUGCAUUGCAAGGGUUGCCAGGUUUACCAGGAAUUAAAGGAGAAAGAGGAGAUUUCGGAUACGAUGGACCUCCCGGACAAAGAGGUGAUCCAAUAGCUAUGGAUUUAUUGAUAAAUAUAUAUCGCGGACCACAAGGCUUGCCUGGAGUUAAAGGUCAACCGGGAGAUGAGGGACCAGCGGCACCACCCGGUUUGCCCGGAAAAGAUGGUUUACCCGGAUUUGAUGGACAAAAAGGAGAACCCGGAAGAAUAGGUUAUUCCAGUCCCGGACAAACUGGUUUAAAAGGAUAUCCUGGAAGUGCUGGUGAUCCUGGAAUUAGAGGUACACCCGGUCGUCCUGGAAAAAGAGGUGAUGAAGGUCUACCUGGUUACCCCGGAUCAAAAGGAGAAACUGGUGAUCCAGGUUAUGAUGGAUACAGUGGACCUUCUGGUCCACCUGGAAUUCCUGGAAAUAAAGGAUUGUUAGGUGAUAUUGGUCAGCCUGGCUUAAGUGGAUUGACAGGAGAUCCAGGUUACCCAGGUCUUCCAGGAUUUAAAGGUUCUCCGGGAUAUUCUGGAAUGAAUGGCGCAAAGGGUGAUAAAGGAGAAGCAGGAGAACCGGGUGAAGGCACUAGAGGUCCAAUGGGAAGACCAGGCAUUAAUGGUUAUCAGGGACUAAGAGGUGAUAAAGGAGAAGCAGGAGAACCGGGUUUACCUGGACUUUAUGGAUUCAAUGGAGAAAAAGGUAAUGAAGGGAUACAUGGGUUGUCAGGCUUACCGGGCAAACAGGGCUCACCAGGACCACAUGGAAGACCCGGACAAAGAGGAUUACCCGGAUUACCCGGUAUUAAAGGAGAUAGAAGUGACACUUUUGUUGAAGGAGUGAAAGGUCAAAGAGGACCAUCCGGUCAACCAGGAAUUCCAGGAUUAUCUGGUAUGAAAGGAGAUUCCGGUUAUGAUGGUUGGCCCGGUAGAGAUGGACCUCCAGGUUCUAAAGGCAUACGAGGCGAACCUGGUUAUAAUGGUUUGCCCGGAAUAAAAGGAUUUCCAAGUGUUAAAGGAGGUAAAGGUGUACGAGGAGAACAAGGAUUGCCGGGAUUGGAUGGUUAUGAAGGUUUACCGGGUUUGAUUGGUUUACCCGGUCUUAAAGGACCAAAAGGUGAAGACGGUAUUGCAUUGUUAGCAGACCCGGGACUGGACGGCGAAAAAGGACACAAAGGAAAUCCAGGUCUCCCGGGUCUUCCGGGUUUGAAAGGCUUAAUGGGAGAAAUUGGAUUACCUGGUAGUCCAGGUUUUGUUGGAGAUACAGGCAAUAUGGGAGCUCAUGGAAUGCCUGGAUUACCGGGUAGACCCGGUCCCAGAGGACAAAAUGGAAAUCCUGGAUUAAAUGGAGUAUUUGGAAUCAUAGGUGAAGCGGGAAUUCCUGGACUUAUGGGAUUAACUGGUGUUAUAGGUGAUCGAGGUUUUGAUGGUAUGCCCGGAAUUAUCGGUAGAAAAGGUGACCAAGGAGAUCCAGGUGUGCCGUCUUGGGAAGGAAGUAGGGGUGACGCUGGAGAUCCCGGUCCUCCUGGUUUACCUGGCAUUCCUGGAAUCAAAGGUUAUGAUGGUCUUCCUGGACAACCAGGAUAUAUUGGGCAAACUGGAGACAGAGGUAUUCCAGGCAAACCAGGUUUACCAGGAAAUUAUGGAUUGAAAGGACAACUCGGUAGACGUGGAGCACCCGGACCAUCGGGACGACCUUUCAAUUAUACAUACACAAUAGUAGGAGAUCCGGGAUUUCCUGGAAUUCCAGGAAAACAAGGAAUACCAGGUCCUAAAGGUCAACCUGGAGAUUUAGGGUUACCCGGUUUAAUUGGCUUACCUGGAUAUCCCGGUUAUUCAAAUUUUGGUAUUCCAGGAGAACGAGGAGAACCCGGUUUUGAUGGUCAACCGGGUUUUGAUGGCUUACCUGGAAUUAAAGGUACGCCAGGUUUUUCCGGUCUUCCAGGUCUUAAAGGAGAAAUGGGUGAAAUAGGAUCACCAGGUAUUGCAUUAUUUGCAGAAAAAGGAGAUCCUGGCAUCGAUGGUAUUCCCGGUCUUAUAGGUUUCAGAGGUGAUAGUGGUGAUCAAGGAUUACCUGGUUUCCCCGGUAUUAAAGCAGAAAGAGGUGACAAUGGUUUACCUGGUUUAUCAGGAGCUGAUGGAUUACCAGGACUGCCAGGUGAACCGGGAGAAAUAGGAGAUUCACCUGAUUUGGGAAAUUUGGUUUUAGUUGUAGGAGAUAUCGGUGAAAAAGGAUAUCCAGGCCUUCCAGGUCCUUAUGGAAAUAUGGGUGAUCCAGGAAUUAAUGGCUUACCAGGAAUUUCUGGUCAUUCAGGAAUGCAAGGUCUUCCUGGUAUUCCUGGAAACCCCGGUCCUCCAGGUUUACUUGGAGAUGCUGGUUAUGACGGCCGAGAAGGACAGCCUGGUUUAAUAGGCACUCCCGGAGCUAUAGGAGAAAAAGGAAAAUCAGCCAAAAGAUCACAUUCUAUUGGAUACUUUUUUACUAAACACAGUCAAACCAUGCAAAUACCAGAAUGUCCAUCAAAAACAUCAUUAUUAUGGUCGGGAUAUUCAUUACUUUACAUUAUGGGAAAUGAAAGAGCUCACGGACAAGACUUAGGAAGUCCUGGCAGUUGUUUGCGGCGCUUCAGUACAAUGCCAUACAUGUUCUGUAAUCUCAAUAAUGUGUGUCAUUUCGCCUCAAGAAAUGAUUAUAGCUAUUGGUUGAGUACUACUGAACCGAUGCCUAUGUCAAUGACACCCAUUUAUGGUAGAGAUAUCCAAAAAUUCAUUAGUAGAUGCAGUGUCUGUGAGUCCGAGACACAAGUGAUAGCAAUUCAUAGUCAAAGUAUGCAUAUUCCUGACUGUCCUAAUGGAUGGGACGGCCUGUGGAUUGGUUAUAGUUUUUUUAUGAACACUGAUGCUGGUGCUGAAGGUAGUGGUCAACCCUUAUCAUCUCCCGGUUCAUGUUUAGAAGAUUUUAGACCCAAUCCAUUCAUUGAAUGUCAAGGACAUGGAAAGUGCAACUACUAUACCACUGCAUAUAGCUUUUGGUUGGCAACCAUUGAACAAACAGAUCAGUUCCGGACACCUGAUUCACAAACACUCAAAUCGGGUGAAUUGAGGUCAAAGGUGUCGCGCUGUCAGGUCUGCAUUAGAAGAACUGUUGCCGUCCGACAAAAACCAAUCAAAUUUAAUCCGAGCAAAUAAUUUACUGUUUUUUUGUUAACUAUUAUCAAAUUAACUGCCAUUUAUUAUGUUAUUUAUUCCUAUAUUUUAAUGAUUACAUUGUCUGAUAUUCUGCACAUUCAGUGAUUUC